UCGUUCAACCGGCAUCAGUUGAAUUCAAAACGCCGAAGCGAUAACAGCAAACAGCGAAAGCAAAGUCACCUAUCAAAAACCAAAGUACUCUGAAAAAGUAUCUCCUUACAAUCUUGACCCACAAAAGAUACAAAUUAAAGCGCCUUAUCAAAAGUUAGACAACCAAAGCGAAAGUUACCUAUCGAAAGCAAAAGUACUUUGCAAAAGUAUCUUACCACCGAAUCCUACCCCGCAAAAGAUACAAGUUAGAGAACCUCGUUGAAAAUGGCCAACCUACCGCUACUGCUGAGCCUGGCCGACGACCUGGGCCGCAUGUCGAUGGUGCCCUACUAUGAGCCCUACUACUGCCAGCGCUCCAGGAACCCCUACCUGGCCUUCGCCGUGCCCCUGGAGCAGCAGCUGCGCCAGCUGGAGAAACAGGUGGGCGCCUCGUCGGCAGCCUCGGGAGCCGCUUCGAAGAUCGGCAAGGACGGCUUCCAGGUCUGCAUGGACGUGUCGCACUUCAAGCCCAGCGAACUGGUCGUCAAGGUGCAGGACAACUCGGUCCUGGUCGAGGGAACCCACGAGGAGCGCGAGGACGACCAUGGCUUCAUCACCCGUCACUUCGUCAGGCGCUACGCCCUGCCCGAGGGCUACGAGGCCGACAAGGUGGCCUCCACGCUGUCCUCCGACGGCGUCCUGACCAUCAAGGUGCCCAAGCCGCCGGCCAUCGAGGACAAGUCCAAGGAGCGCAUCGUCCAGAUCCAGCAGGUGGGUCCCGCCCACCUCAACGUCAAGGAGAAUCCCAAGGAGCAGAUCCAGGAGCAGCCCAAGGAGCAGAACAACGGCAAGGACAAGUAGGAGGCGCGCCGUUGCCAAGAAUCGCUGUAUUUAACCAUUAUCAAAGUCAUGUAUCUGUUUUAUAAGCUGUAGUUUCCUGGGGCACCCUACCAUACUAUACCUAAGCCACUAGGGGUGUCCUGGCUUAGUCUUAGUUUGGAAUUUAAAAUUUAAUUUACCGAAAUGGGCUGAAAUAAUAUUAUAUUACCAUUACAAAUAAAAUAACUAUUACCAAUUUAA